CCAAAUCCAAAACCAAAUCCAAAUCCUAGCUCAACCCCAAAAAAGCUCAUUCGUUAGAACAUCGACGGCGAGAAUGCUGAGGCUGGUGGCUAAUAGGCUGCUCGGGACAGCGUCACGGGACGCCCCAUCGCAUCCCCUUCAAUUUCUACCGCGUUUUUACCACGAGAAUGUCAUCGAUCACUACAACAAUCCUCGUAACGUCGGCUCCUUCGAUAAGAACGACCCCAGCGUCGGUACUGGCCUGGUUGGAGCUCCGGCUUGUGGCGAUGUUAUGAAGCUUCAAAUCAAAAUCGACGAGGAAUCAGGGAAAAUCGUCGAUGCUUGCUUUAAAACCUUCGGCUGUGGGUCGGCUAUUGCGUCUUCUUCUGUCGCCACUGAAUGGGUGAAAGGGAAAAGUAUGGACGAAGUGCUUACCAUUAAGAACACGGAGAUCGCAAAACAUCUUUCACUUCCACCAGUUAAGCUGCACUGCAGUAUGCUUGCAGAAGAUGCAAUCAAGGCAGCUGUGAAAGAUGCGGAAGCUAAACGUGCCCAAAUGAAUGGUCGUUCGAAGGCUGCUGAUGUGUAAGUUGAUAAAUAAAGACAAAACGGACCCCAGGGGAAAAA